AUGUUUAAAAGUCUGGCUAAAGAGAAGCACUACAUAAAAUCAGAAUCAGUGUCCCCUUCCUCGUACGACACUAAUGGUAGACAUUUGAAGAAUAAUCUUGUGACAGUUGAGAACUCCAAACCGGAAGUCAUCCACGUUGUAAACUCCUCUAAUGCCACCAACAACAACAACAAGAGUAACUGUAGCGGUCAGGUUCUGAAGAAUAUUUCGUUGAAUGAUCUGCAUUCAAUUCAACUGCCUGUCAGUGUAGAAACAGAUGGAAGUACAGAGAUGGAGUUCAGUAUCAACAUGCCUCUAAAUCUCUUUAUUAAUCGAUGCAAUUUUGGAUUUUACAAAGAACUGAUAGACAUAAGAGUUGAGCAGGCGAACCACAACAACAUGCAGCAGAACCAGAAGUUAAUAAUGGCCAACUUACUCUCAUCCACUUUGGCCAACCAGCUGAAGGAGAUCAGUCAGAACAGAAACAUCAUGGACACACAUUUUGAUGUCGAAGCUAAAUUAAAGGUAAUUAAAAGUAAUUAG